CCCACACAAUAAUAAUGAGAGACUUUAACACCCCACUAUCAACAUCAGACGGAUAAACAAGACAGAAAGUUAAAAAGGAUGUCCAGGAAUUAAAAUCAGCUCUGCACUAAGCGGACCUAAUAGACAUCUACAGAACUCACCACCCUAAAUCAACAGAAUACACAUUCUUCUCAGUACCACAUUGCACUUAUUCCAAAAUUGACCACAUAGUUGGAAGUAGAGCACUCCUCAGCAAAUGUAAAAGAACAGAAAUUAUAACAAACAGUCUCUCAGAUCACAGUGCAAUCAAACUGGAACUCAGGAUUAAGAAACUCACUCGCCUUUCCGGCAGUGAUGACCUACCCACACGAGAACAUGCCUCUCGCAAAGGAUCUCCUUCAUCCCUCCCCAGAAGAGAAGAGGAAACACAAGAAGAAACGCCUGGUGCAGAGCCCCAAUUCCUACUUCAUGGAUGUGAAAUGCCCAGGAUGCUAUAAAAUCACCAUGAUCUUUAGCCAUGCACAAACGGUAGUUUCGUGUGUUGGCUGCUCCACUGUCCUCUGCCAGCCUACAGGAGGAAAAACAAGGCUUACAGAAGGAUGUUCCUUUAGGAAGGAGCAGCACUAAAAGCACUCUGAAUCAAGAUGAGUGGGAAACCAUCUCAAUAAACACAUUUUGGAUUAAAAAAAAAAAAAAGAAAAGAAACUCACUCAAAACCACUCAACUACAUGGAAACUGAACAACCUGCUCCUGAAUGACUACUGAGUACAUAA